AGACUCCCCUUUUUCUCCUAUUGGCUGAGCUCCUAUUGGCUGGAGGACAACAACUCCCUUCUGAUCAAGCUGUGUGGUGCAUCCUGGGAGACACAUGACUGCAGCAAACCUGCAAUUGUCUGCAUGGCUGAUAGUGCACCUGACAGAGCUGAGACAGAAGUCGAAAAUCUCCAGGUUGUGAAAUCCCUGGCCAUCACUUCUCACAUUCCACUACUUGGUUUUGUUUUGAGUGUUUUAGGUUGGAUUCUGUGUGUUAUUUCAAUAGGACUUAUACAGUGGAGAGUGUGGCAUGUGGACAACACCACCAUCAUCUCCUCCGGUACCAUAUGGAUCGGAAUCUGGGACGUCUGCUUUACUCUUAACCCUGAACUUGCCAAUGGUUCUUCCUUAAUGCUCUGUCAAAGAUUCACUAUUCAGAACACCUUCAGCCCCUCAGAAAUUUUUGUUGCCCAAGACCUUCUGAUGUUAGCCACUAUCAUGGAAGCAGUAGCUAUAAGUUUCACCCUCUUUGCUUUUUGGGGUGUUUAUAAGAAAGAGCUUAAGAAACACUAUAUCUUAGUCUUUUUUCUAACUGGGGGGCUCUUGAACAUCUUAUCAAGUGUUUUAAUCUUAAUUCCAGUAAGCUGGAAUUUACAUUCCAUAAUGAAAAAUCGUAGUAUUGCCUUCCCUCCUUCUUACCACUUGCCUUCCACUCCAAAGUCUCAGAAAGUUGGGGCUGCUAUUCCUGUGGGGUUUAUAUCUGUUCUCCUGCUGCUGUUGGGUGGGUUCUUACUGCUCUAUGACAGGUCUCUUAAACUAGCCAGUAAGGUGUAUCCUAAAAAGAAAAAACAGUUCAGGUAGCACAGAGCCAGAGGCAAACAUGCCAGUCCAAACAUCCUUCUGACAGAUCAAACCAAACUUAUCCACAAUGCGUAUCUUCCUUGGAAAUUGACCGGCGGGGCCCACAGAGACCUUUUGGCAUGGACAGCUGCUCUGGGACCCAUCCACAUAGAGGCCCCACACUUAAGAAGAAUCAGGUACCUGGACAAAGACAGGCAACCUCCUUUCAAAUCCCUAGUGGAACUUAUCCACACCGACCAUCCAAAGGUGUAAUACCUGACGUUAAUAUUUGUAUAAUUGGUGAAGAGCUUCCUUAUUUUUAGUUUGACUAGUUGCCUCUAAUUUCAAUUCUUACAGAGGCGAGGAAAGGUUGAGUAUCAGGAAAACAAGUAUCAGACCUGAGGGGUCCCUCCCACUUGACAGGAACUUGGUUGGGGACCCAUAUGUUACAUCAUACAAAACCUAGUCCAAACCUGUUCAAGCCUCCCCACAAAAGCUCUCAUUGAUGUCAGUUGGGGCCCCAUAUGAUGAAUAACUCCCAAGAGAGAUCUUCAUUGCAGAUAAGUGCAAAUCUGACUGCAGGAUUUUAUCCUUUGGGGUGGGCCAAGUUCUGUUCCCACUCACACAGGAGCUGUAUCUGUGUAACUGGGAGCAGAAUUUAGCCUUUUGUGUCCUUGGUGAGCUCUUGGAUCCUCUUGCCACUUACAAUUAUACUAACCAUGUAGUAACUUGAACUCAUUGAAUACUAAUAAAACACAUAAAGGGGUGUAGUCCUCUGAGGUGCUGUAUGCCCGCAGCUCCCUUGAAAUUAAUGGAGUUGGAGGCAUUCAGCACCUCUCAGGAGGUGUUUAGCAUUUUAUAAAAUUGUGUCUUUGAAUUUAAAAUGAUUAUUCCUAUUAAUUGUCAAACAUUUGGAAAGGUUUAUCGCUGAGGCAAAUGUUUGUUUCACUCUAUAACUGCUGACUAUUAUCAUCUGUUACC